AUGCUUCAUAGUGCAUCUAGUCUGGACCAGCGCUUACUUGAAUGGAAAGUGAGCCUUCCGCGACAUUUACGGUUCGAUAUGGGCCACACUUUUGAAAAAUCCAUGUCGUUCAAACGUCAGCGUAACAUGCUUGCGGUGAAAUUCCAUCAUCUUCGUGCGCUCAUCCACCGACCAUUCCUUUGUCUACCACUUUUGCAGAUGAAUAAUCAGUCCUUCAUGAACUUGCUCAUUCGGGAUAAGGAGCGCAUAUCCCAAGCAGAGUCAAUCUGUGUUCAUGAAGCUCAGGAAACAGCUCAUCUGCUUCAUAAUGUGGUAGAUGAGCGGAGUUUGGUUCACGACUUCCCAUGGUGGCAGAUGAUCUCAUGUCUUAUCUGCGCGAGCUCCAUCUUAUUCGUGGCAGAAAGUUUCUAUAACAAUAAUAAUCCCGCACAUAGCAAAAUUUCUUCACAAAGCUUGCGUGAAGACGCCGGGACUUGUCUCAAGGUGUUUGAAGCUCUCAGCUCGAACUCUGCCGCGGCGAGAAAGGCCGCGGAUAUAUUGCAGGGUCUAUCACAGAUGCGUCGAUCGACAGAAGAAGGUAUAUCCAUCUAA